UUAGUAUUAGUUUUAUAUCAUCCAUUCUAUUUUCUACGCUUUAGAGAGAUGUUUCCCAGCUCGAGUUGCACCAAUUUUAAACCGACCCGUUGAACAACGGUUCACCGAUUUCAAUCCUUUCAAAACCAAAGCUAUUUUGAAAUUCCUAAAAAUUCAAAAGGUUUAGGAAAUUCAAUUUAGGGAAAGAAAUGUUAGAAUUGAAAUCGAUCUCAAAAAUUCCUCCCAAGAUCAUCUCUAAUUUUUUGUUAAUUUGCCUAGCGUGGCAUCUGAUCAUACUUGAGCUAGGCUCCACUGUAUCAGCCAUCAGGAAAGAUGUGAGCCUUCAGGAGAAUCGUCAUUGCAGAACUACAGUUCAAGGAAGAUACUUACUCUCUGACGAUAAUGGUCAUGUAUGUGAUGCACUCUCAGUUGAUCCAAAGUCCAGAUGCUGUCCUAUCAGAGGAGAGCAAUUCUCUUGUCAUGGCUGCAACCUUGUUUCACAAUGCUGUAACUCUUAUGAAUAUUGUGUUUCGUGCUGCCUCAAUCCAGCUCGGACACAAAAGGAUCUGGUGUUGAAGCUUAAGAUAGCAAAGCCAGUAAGUGCAGGAACCUACUCAAGCAUUUUUGAUUAUUGUGCUGGGAGGUGUCGCCAUAAUUCAGAGAGUGUAGUAAGACUCAUUUUCCUUCUAUUUUUGUUAUUGUUUAGGAUGGUCAUAUACUUUGAACUUGACAUGAAUAUGAGAUCAAGAGUUGUAAUUGAACUAGAAGCAGCAUAUGCACAGCAUCCUUCCUCCGUAAUAGAAAUUGCCUUUUCUGUGUUUUUGCAUCGAACAUUUCUUAUUCUAGUUUAUGCUGCUCAAUGUGGGAAAGCAGAAUUUGAAGCCCAAGCUUUCCACAUGUUUUGGAAGUCCCUUAACAAUUCAAGCAGAUAUUGA